GACUUCCCGGUCCUUCCCUCCCGUCGAGAUGACGCUGCUCCGUUGCUGCCGCCCAUAAAGAGGCCGCGGAUCGGCGGGUGCGGGCAGACGCUGGAACGCAGCCGGGCGAGCCCUUCGGAGCCCAGGCACACCCAGCCGGGUGCUGUGCAGUUGAAUUCAGCUUGCGAGCGUCGGCUGUCCCUGUCUGCCUGAGCUCUCCCCCGAUGGUUCCUUGGACUGACUGGGGCCUUACUGGGCAGAGCAAGAGCCCACUUUGAGGUGCUCCCUGGGCUCCCCCUCCCUGGCUUUCAUGGAUCUGAGACCACCCUUGCUGCUUUUGUGGUGGACGCUGAUGGUGGCCUUGGCCCUCUUGGUCAGAGAGGUGCUAGGCCAGCACGUCUACACCAACACUUGGGCCGUGCUGGUCCCUGCCGGGCCCCAGGAAGCAGAACGGAUGGCCAAGAAGCACGGAUUCCUCAACAUGGGUCCGAUCAUCGGAGACUAUUAUCACUUCUAUCACCGGGCUGUGGCAAAGCGAUCCCUCUCGCCCCAUCACUCCUGGCACAACUCCUUGGGCAGAGAGCCACAGGUGCACUGGCUAGAACAGCAGGUGGCGAAACGCCGGACCAAGCGAGAUGCCUUCUUGGAGCCAACAGACCCCAAGUUCCCGCAGCAGUGGUACCUGUCUAAUGGGAACCAGAGAGACCUGAACGUGCAGGAGGCUUGGCAGCAGGGCUACACUGGUCGUGGCAUCGUGGUCUCCAUCUUGGAUGAUGGCAUCGAGAAGAACCAUCCUGAUCUUGAAGCCAACUAUGACCCCGCAGCCAGCUUUGAUGUGAAUGACCAGGACUCUGAUCCCCAGCCACGCUACACGCAGAUGAAUGACAACAGGCAUGGCACUCGGUGCGCGGGCGAAGUGGCUGCUGUGGCCAACAAUGGCAUCUGUGGUGUGGGCGUGGCUUACAAUGCCAAGAUCGGAGGUGUCCGCAUGCUGGACGGGGAGGUGACGGAUGCCGUGGAAGCCCGCUCCUUGGGCCUCAACCCCAACCACAUCCACAUCUACAGUGCCAGUUGGGGCCCCGAGGAUGAUGGCAAGACGGUGGAUGGGCCAGCCCGGCUGGCCGAAGAGGCCUUUUACCGUGGCGUCAGCCAGGGCCGCAACGGGCUGGGCUCCAUCUUCGUCUGGGCCUCGGGCAAUGGCGGCCGUGACCACGACAGCUGCAACUGUGACGGCUACACCAACAGCAUCUACACGCUCUCCAUCAGCAGCACCACGCAGUACGGCAACGUGCCCUGGUACAGCGAGGCCUGCUCCUCCACCCUGGCCACCACGUACAGCAGCGGCAGCCAGAACGAGAAACAGAUCGUGACGACUGAUCUGAGACAGAAGUGCACAGACUCGCACACAGGCACUUCGGCCUCCGCGCCCCUGGCUGCUGGGAUCAUUGCCCUUGCCCUGGAGGCCAACCAGAACCUGACUUGGCGAGACAUGCAGCAUCUUGUGGUGCGGAGCUCCAAGCCCGCCCACCUCAACACCAACGACUGGGCCACCAACGGGGUGGGCCGCAAAGUCAGCCACUCCUAUGGCUAUGGGCUCCUGGAUGCGGGUGCCAUGGUGGCUCUUGCCAGGAACUGGACCUCAGUGGGACCUCAGCAGAAGUGCAGCAUCGACAUCCUCACGGAACCAAAGGACAUUGGGAAGCGCCUGGAGGUGCGCCAGAAGGUGGACGCCUGCCGUGGGAAGGCCAGCUACGUGGGCCAGCUGGAGCACGUCCAAGCCCGGCUCAGCCUCUCCUACAACCGGCGCGGAGACCUGGCCAUCCACCUUGUCAGCCCCAUGGGCACCCGCUCCACCCUGCUGGCCGCCAGGCCCCACGACUACUCUGCCGACGGCUUCAGUGACUGGGCGUUCAUGACGACACAUUCGUGGGAUGAGGACCCGGCCGGAGACUGGGUGCUGGAAAUCGAGAACACGAGCGAAGCCAACAAUUACGGCACUCUCACCAAGUUUACCCUGGUUCUGUAUGGGACGGCCACUGACCCCCCCAGCUUCUCCAACCAGUUUGAGAGCAGUGGAUGCAAAACUCUUGCCACAAGCCAGGCCUGCAUAGUGUGCGAAGAAGGCUUCUACCUCCACCAAAAGAGUUGUCUCAAGACUUGCCCCCCCGCCUUCACCCCAGGCCCCAGGCCAGCACCGCUGGAGAACAGCCUUGAUCCGCACCUGCGCCCACGCCUCUGCGUGCCCUGCCACCCGUCUUGUGCCACUUGCUUGGGAACAGCACGGACCCAGUGCCUGUCCUGCCCGGCACACGCCCACUACAACAGCCAGGAGCAGACCUGCUCCCACCAGACGCAGAGCAGCCGUGCCUCGCCCGCCCUGGGGGAGGGCGUAGCUCUGGCCAGCCCCGCUUCCAGCCUGCCCAUUCUGGUGGCCAGCCUGAGCUGUGCCUUCAUCGUCCUGGUGUUCGUCACGGUCUUCCUUGUACUGCAGCUGCGCUCGGGCCUGCGCCUGCGUGGGGUCAAAGUGUACUCCCUCGAGCAGGGCGGCAUCAUUGCCUACAAGGGGCUGCCAUCGGACAUGUGGCAUGAAGGGCCGGAGGAGGAGGAGGAGGAGGAAGACGAGGGCGAGAGGACUGCCUUCAUCAGAGACCAAAGUGCCCUUUGAUGAGCCUGUGGCCCCCGGCAUGACAGGGAGGCUUCCAGGGGCCUGACUCUCUGUGCCCAUUUCUUCCAGCUGCCCUCCCGCCCUCCCUGGGCUUGUGGGGCAGAAGCUGAUGGAGAGAUCGCUCGGUUACCCUGUUCUGUUUUAACUCACCAAAGUGGUUUUUUUAGACGGGGUCAGUUUGUCCCUGUUGCGAUGGGAGCGGCAGAGGAGCCCCUCCUCCCUGCUGGGGGGCGGGCGGGGCGGGGAGCAAAGACCCCUCUCUGUGGCCCAAGAACCUUGUCCCCAGCCAGUUGUGUGGCAGAAUGCCCCUUCCGGGGGGAGGGGCGAGGAGGCAUCCCCCCAGCCACCGCUCCACUGCCUGCAAUAAACAGCCUGAGCUGCUCUCUUCCCCCCUCCCCCAUUUGUGGCCCUGGUGCCUCUGCCUAUGGCCUCCUCCUUGCCUAGUCACACAGGCCCUUGUCCUUCCUUGCUGAGAUGCCGCCCAGCCUGGGCAGGCGAGCCAGGCGCCUCUUCCACGUGUGUCGUGGGAUUGGGAAGUGCCGUGCCAUGCGCCCUCCCUGCAGCCUGAGCAGGAAUCCCUCAGGAGUGGGGGAGGGGCUGCCUCUGCCACCUCCCUGGAUCCGCCCAAAGUCACUGGAGCUUCCACCUUUCCUCAUGUGCCUUGUUGCUCUUCCUCUUCUUUGAUGACAAUCUCUCGCUGGUCCUGGGCUCCUGCUGCCUGCCUGCCUCCCUCCGGCUGUGGUCCUUGUCCUCUGCUGCUGGCUCCGGGGAGGGGGCUGCCAGUUGGGGCAGGAGAGCGGCUGCCCAGGACUCUUUUUCUAUAAUAACUUUUUGGUGCACAAAUAAUUUCUUGUAAUUUAAAGCAGGAGCCAAUUCCUGUGGCCAGUGUUUUUUUUUAAUUUAAUGGAUGUGGAUAUAACGCUAGAGAUUAAAGUUUAUUAAAUGUUGGAACUAUGCAAA